AGACUAAUUAUAAGUAACCAUAGAACCUUGUUUUAGCUAUCAUCUUCUAUCUCACAAGAGAGCACAAAAAGAACAGUGAGAGCAGAAGAAGACAAUGGGACGCCCUGAUACAGACCCUGAACAAAUACAAGCCGAAUACGAACUUCACCCUCAAGAAUACGACCCGACCCAUGAACCAACUCCGAAUGUGGCCGAUGAAUAUCCACCGCCACCACCUUAUGAAAACAGCAAUCAACAAGGCCAACAACAACCUCAAUUCCCGCCGCAACAACCACCGCAAUACCCACCACCUGCUCAGCAACAGCCACCGCAAUACCCACUACCUGCUCAACAGCAGCCUCCGCAGUACCCACCACCAUCAGAACAACCUAACCAAGCCUAUCCUCCACCGCAGUGGCCCGCGCCGUACCCACCGCAACAAAACAUGCAAUACAAUCCAGCGUACCCUAACGGGACGAACCAGCAGCCAGCGGCGGCGGCGUAUCCGCCACAGCCAGUACAGUAUCCGCCGAAAAGUCCAGCGGCAAAUCAGAUGUACGCAAAUGUAGGACCACAAGCGACGCAGCCUCAGACCGUUUACGCCCCUAACGUAGCGCCACAAGUGUUUCCUCAACCGGCAUUCUUGCCUCCUGAUCAAGGACAGGGCAUGCCGCCUGUUUCACCGCAUAAACAUGUGGCAGGGAUCCCGGUGGUGAAUGGUGGUGUUGACGGUUGGCGGACUGGCCUUUUUGAUUUCAUGGAUGAUCCGAUGAACGCUCUAGUGACAGCCUUCUUCCCAUGUUUGACAUUCGGCCAGAUCGCCGAAAUCGUGGAUGACGGCCACACAACUUGUGGAACCAGUGGACUGCUUUACGGUGCAAUCGCGUUCUUAAUUGGAUUGCCGUGCCUAAUGUCGUGCACUUACAGAACCAAACUAAGAAACAAAUUCGGUUUGCCGGAAGCUCCGGCACCCGAUUGGGUCACUCACUUCCUUUGCGAGUGGUGUGCUCUUUGUCAAGAAUACAGGGAGCUUCAGCUUAGGGGCUGGGAUCCUUCUAUUGGGUGGCAAGGAAACUUGGCAAAGAAGCAGGUGCAACAGCCAGUGAUGAUGGCACCGAUGAACCAAAGAAUGAUAGCUUGAGAUGAUGAGGAAACUGCCAUUUUACGAAUGUUUUGUUUUUUUUUUUGUUUUUGGUAAUUAUUUUAUGUUUGGAUUGGUUUAAUUAUAUGUCAAAUGCUGUUUCAAUUUAAUUUCCGUCGAUAAAAUAAAUUAUCUCAACAAAAGCAUGAUUUGGUUGUAAAACAUAAAUGCCUUUUUGGCCUCGAUAAUGGGUAAAUUUCGGCUUUAACAUGAUAAAAUAUAAUUAAUAAAAUUUUAAUUCAAAACUGAGAUAUUGGAUUUUAA